GAAUCGCAGUCGCCAGGCCGCGUCUCCAUGGCAACGCGGCCUAGCGACGCCUGCACCCCUUCGCCUCCUCCCGUUUCUCCUCCUCAUCGCGCCUCACACCUCCUCGUCCUCUCCCCGCCAAGUUCGAGGCCCACCCCCCCUCCUCCUCCUCCUCCUCCCGGGCUGCUCGCAACUCUCCGCGGCCCUCGUCUCCGUCUUCGCCGCGCCGCUCGCUCGCUCGCCACCCCGAGGCCACCCCGAGGGCACGCAGAGGGGCGAGGUGGUGACCCAGAGGCCUAGUGCAGGCGUCAACUAGGCAAGCUCACCCCCCCCCCACCGCCUCUCGCCCGGCCGAGAGCGAAGGGACAGCGGCGGCGCUGGCAGUGGUGGUGGUGGCCCACCCUGCUGCCCCAUCGCUUGACGGAGCCGGCGGCCCGGGUUCGACUCCCGCUCCGGGAUGAGGCUCAAGACGUUCGUGACGAAGGAGGCGAAGCACGUGGGUCCGGCGUGCUGCAUCGCCUGGCUGCCGUCCAGCGACGAGGCCUUCUCCUGCGGCGACGACGGCGCCGCCCUGCGCUGGCACCGGGGGGCGCGCGCCGCGGGGGCCCCGGAGCGCGGGGGUCUCGGGGGGGACCCCGAGCCCCUGCGCUGGGGGCUACCGGAGGGGAGCCACCCCACUGACGCGCACUGCCAGCCGCGGGCGGCCGGCGGCGGCGGCGGCGGCGGCAAGAAGCAGCAGCAGCAGGGGGAGGCGCUGGUGAUCGCUAGCGCUGAGGGACGUCUCCACCUGGUGUCACGUGUGGGCCGCGUGGAGCGCAGCGUGGAGGCUCACCGUGGAGCCGUGCUGGCCGCACGAUGGAGCGGGGACGGCACCGCGCUCGCCACCGCCGGGGAGGAUGGCCUCGUCAAGAUCUGGUCUCGCAGUGGCAUGCUGCGCUCCACGCUGGUGCAGCAGGGGAGCCCCGUGUACUCGGCGUGCUGGUCCCCGGACUCGGACCGAGUGCUGCACACGGCCGGGCGUCACCUCGUGGUGAAACCCCUGCAGCCUGGAGCCAGGGCUCUGCAGUGGAAGGCCCACGAGGGGCUGGUUCUCAAGGUGGACUGGAACGCGGUGAACGGCCUCGUGGUGUCUGGCGGGGAGGACUGCCGCUACAAGGUGUGGGACAGCUACGGCUGCCCCCUCUACUCCUCGCUGUCCCACGAGCACCCUGUGACGGCUGUGGCGUGGGCCCCCGACGGAUCACUCUUCCUCGUCGGGGCCUUCGACACCCUGCGCCUGUGUGACAGGGCCGGGUGGUCACACUGCCUGGAGAAGCUGCCUGGCGUGGGCAGCCCGCUGGGGCUGGCGUGGUCGCACGACGGCACGCAGGUCGGGGCCGCGUGCGGCUCCGGCCGCGUCGUCUUCGCUCACCUGCUGGAGCGCCGCUGGGAGUGGGCCCACCUGGAGGUGACGCUCACCAAGAGGCGCACCAUGCAGGUUCGCAACGUCCUGGACGACGCUGUGGACACGUUGGAGUUUCGCGACCGCGUCAUCAGGGCCUCGCUGGGCCACGGUCACCUCGUCGUGGCCACCUGCGCCCAGUGCUACGUCUACAGCAUUAAAAACUGGAACACGCCGAUCAUCUUUGACCUGAAGGAGGGCAGCGUGAGCCUCAUCGUGCAGGCGCAGAAGCACUUUGUGCUGGUGCAGGCCGGCGGUGGCGGUGGCGGUGCGGUGCUGCUGGUCUCGUCGUACGAGGGGCGUGCCGUGGCCGUGGUGCGGGGCGCCGGCCUGCGCGCCGAGCUGCUGGAGGAGCGCACGCUGGCACUGAGCGACGACACCAUCGCCGUGCGAGAUCCCGGUGACACCAGAGUGGUGCUGCUCUUUGAGGCUCUGAGCGGGAAGCCGGUGGGAGACGGGACGCCACUCACGCACAAGCUAGAGGUGGUGCAGGUGGCGCUGGAUGCCAGCGUUGGCGGCGGUGGUAGUGGCGGCGGUGGCACUGGGCGGCUGCUGGCGCUGCUGGACCGGGCGCAGGACGUGUUCGUGGUGCACACGCGCGGCGCCAGGGAGGGGAGGCCGCCCAUCAAGAUCGGCGGCUCGGCGCAGUGCGUGGCAUGGCACGGCACGGCCCCGGUGCUGUGCGGCGUCGGCGACGGCCGCCUCUCCCUCUGGCUGUGCCCGGCGGCCGCCUUCGCCGACCCGGGCCUGGCGCCGGCCACCGUGAGACACCGCGACGCGCCGGAGCUGGGCAAGUGUCCGCGCGUGCUCUCGUUCCUGGGCGCGCGCGUUAGCGUGCGCCGAGCAGACGGGGCGCUGCUCUCCGUGCCGGUGUCGCCGUACCCCGGUGCCCUGCACGGCCUCGUCGCGGCUCAGCGCUGGGACCACGCCCUGCGCCUCUGCCGCUUCGUCAAGGACCCCGCGCUGUGGGCCUGCCUCGCCGCGCUGGCCGUGCGCAGCAGGGAGCUCGAGACGGCGGAAGCAGCCUACGCCGCCAUCGGGGAGGUGGACCGCGUGGCGCACGUGAGGGCCGCCCGGGAGCUGCCGGUGCCGGAGAGCCGGUGGGCGGCGCUGGCGCUGCUCAGCGGCGACGUUCACCAGGCCGAGGGCAUCCUCCUGCAGGGCGGUCUGACGUACCGGGCAAUCCGCACCCACAUAGACCUCUACAGCUGGGACAGGGCUCUGGAGCUUGCCGUGAAGCACAAGACCCACGUGGACUCGGUGCUGGCCUUCCGCCAGCGUCACCUGCAGCAGCUGCAGCAGCGCCAGCAGCAGCAGCAGCAGGGCCAGCAGCAGCAGGCGGUGGUGGAGGAGACGCGACCACGCUUCCUGCAGUACGCACGCCAGGUGGAGGUGGACUGGGAGAAGGUGGAGGCCAAGAUCGAGCUGGAGCUGCAGAAGGAGAAGGAGAGGGGGGUGGCGGCGGCGGCGGUGACAUCGACGGUGACGACGCAGGGAGCCAGAGGGGGACACGCGGUGCAAAGAUAGCGCCGCGGAGCGGGG